AUUUUACUGUUUACUUAUGAUUACAAAGCAGUGUUGACAGCCCCAUAUGUUUUUUUAUGUGUAGUUCGUAGUGUAAAACAAUUCGUCGUCGUAAAUUGCAAAUAUGUUCAAUCGAGUUUUUAAUCUUUUGAGAGGAAAUUCAGCUUUAGCGUUAGGAGGUCUUCGAAAGAAUGAGUGGAUGCACACGACUUUUUCGGCAAAGCGACCGUUGAUACCGAUAGUGGUUGAAAAUACAGGUAGAGGAGAGCGAUCCUACGAUAUUUAUUCCAGGCUGUUAAAAGAGAGGAUCAUCUGUGUCAUGGGUCCAAUCAACGACGAUGUCGCAUCCGUAGUCGUCGCCCAGCUCUUGUUCCUGCAGUCAGAGAAUUCAAAAAAGCCUAUACACAUGUACAUCAAUAGCCCCGGUGGAGUAGUGCCAGCAGGUUUGGCCAUAUACGACACAAUGCAGUAUAUCUCAUCGCCAGUGGCGACUUGGUGUAUUGGCCAGGCUUGCAGCAUGGGCAGUUUGCUCUUGACGGCGGGUUCAAAAGGCAAACGCUACUCUCUCCCCAAUGCGCGGAUCAUGAUACACCAACCGUCAGGAGGUGCUUCGGGCCAAGCAACAGACAUCCUGAUACAGGCCGAAGAGAUAAUCAAGUUGAAAAAGCAGAUCAACAUGUUGUACGCCAAGCACACUGGCCAACCGGCCAAAGUCAUCGCAGAAAUGGUGGAAAGAGAUCAUUUCAUGUCGCCAACUGCUGCAAAGGAAUUCGGACUCAUAGAUCAUGUACAGGGUGGAGAAGUAAACGAGUUCUCAUCUAUACCUCUAACGGCUCCUUCGCCUUCGGCAAAUCCAAAUGCGGUAUCCCCGAUUAAAUUGUGAUUGAUAAAAUUCAAUAAAAUUAUUAGGUACUAGAAAUAUGACUUAAUUGAAACCCCCUUUACAAUAUGUUUAAAAUUGAACUGUAAAUAAAAAAUUCCAUUGUUAUCUUUUUUAAA